AUGGCGGUAGAGGAGGCGGUAGCCCAGGAAGCUCUGCGCGCCCCUAGGAGGAUCAGGGAGGUGCCGGAGAGCUACUUCCUGAAGCGUCCACCUCUCUGGGUGUCUCUUGCUCGCGCCGGUCUUGCAGUCUCAGCUGGCCUUGCAACGGCGGUGUGGCUAGAGGGGUGGAUCAAGCAGAAGAUUGCAGAAGACGGAGGCUAUGUCAUUGUCUUGGGCAAGAAGAAAGACACUCCUUCUGAAGAGUAG